AUGUUCCCAAGAACCCUGUUUCCUCUGCUCGCCGGUUCAGCUGUCGCUGAAGUCCAUUACCUGUUUUGCGGCUUCUUCUCAGGCUCUACAAUUGCCGCCCUUGAGUUCGAUGAUGAAGCCUUGUCCUUGGCCUUGAAGAAGAAUAUCUCAUCGACGUCUGAUGAUGGGUCGAAGUGGAUAGCACUCGACGCUCGUAAACAAAACUUAUACGUCGGAACCACUGGCUACUUCCAAAGUUACAAGAUCACCAAGGAUUUGGGGCUGACCUACAAGAGCAAUGUCAGCUUGUCCUCAGACUGCAACAACGCAAACUUCAUCACCGCAUCGUCCAAGUCUCCUUUCGCAGUCUUCGGAACACCCUACGGAGGCGGCUGUCCAACAGUCGCCAUAUCUGUGGAUAAGACCGGCACUCUCCAGAAGAGCUUUGCGAACGCGACAUACAACACCAAAGGCGGCGUACACGGAACCGCACUGAGCCCCAAGAACGAUUUCUUGUACUCCGCUGAUGACAUGGGAAAUGCCGUCUGGGUUCACUCGUAUGAUCGCGAAAGUGGCAAGAUUGAAGAGGUCCAAUAUCUUGCUGCCGAGGAAGGAUCGAACCCGAGACAUUUGACUGUUCACCCAAACGGAAAAUGGGUUUAUGUUGUUUAUGAGGAAGCGAAUUCCAUUGCGGCAUACAAGCGGGACACAAAGACUGGCAAACUCGAGUUUCGCAAUGAGACCUACAGUUUACUUCCUUCUGGGUUUACCAACUCCUCUUCUUACUGGGCUGACGAGGUACUGCUCUCCGCACCCGCUGAAGGAUCAUCCCCUAAAUAUCUGCUCUCCGCCACGAGGUCUCGCAAGACUGGAGUUCCUGGAUAUGUCUCUGCGUUUAGCCUCGAUGCCAAAACUGGAGGUAUCAAGGAGCAGCUGUUUUUGCAAGAAACCACCAACAGCGGAGGUUCUGCGAAUGCUGUGUCGCCGGCUUCAUUCAGUGAGGAUUCCUUUGCUAUCACUGAUAGUGGUUCGAACUUUAUUGAAGUUUGGAAGAUCAAAGGUAAGAGUGCGUCGGCAGUUGCUCACCUGGAUUUUGAGAAUGAGCCUGCCAAUGCUGUAUGGUAUGAUUAA